CAUGUCGGGCGAGGUCGAGUUCCUGGGCACGCCCCUGCCACUCGAGGUGAAGAAUGCCAUGCCACUGAUGCGCAAGGUGCCCGGGCCAGCCUUUACCGCCCUGCUGCAGGGUGUGGUGCUGGGGACAGAGGUGCCCGAGUCUGUUAUGGCCGCCCUAGGCCCUGACGCUGUCGACAUUGUGUACACAGCGUUGCAGGUCAUUGUCGACGCUGCCGUCCGCCUCCAAGUCAAGACCAUUGACUUUCAGACCGCCAUGCGCAACCUCAACAUGCCCGACGCAUACAUCAAGACCAUGUCCAAGGUUCUCCGUGCAAAGCGGUCGGAGAUGAUCGCGUCGCGGCUCGACUCGCGCAUCUCGUACCCGUCGAUCAAGCGGCUGCGGUGGCGGGUCGACGUUGCCAUCUCCACAUCAGCCAUGACCCGGGUCCUCAAACCGGCCAUCCUGAUGGAGCUCUCGCUCUCGGACGGAAGCAAGAAGCAGUUUGAGGUGAGCCAAGAAAAGUUUAACGACCUCCGCUACAACGUCGCCCUCCUCCUCAAGGGAAUGGAGGAUGUCGAGGGCAACGUCAUCAUGAAGAGCAAGAAGGACACACUCAAGCGAUGAGCGUUGACCGGCGUCGUCCGGCGCAAGCAGCGUCGAUCAUCGUCGAUCAUCGGCGAGCAGCGAGGCAAAGGUACUUGGUAAACUGGCCAGGUGGGCAUAGAUA